AUGGCUUUCUGUACUUCGUGCAAGGGUAUAACGCUGCCAUCAGCGUCUGAAAAUGCUGGACACCCUCUGCACGAUGACUGGCUCUCCCUACAACGCUCAGCCGAAACAUGUGAUCUCUGCCGUUUAUUCCUGGACCAUCUGCGAGCGAAUAUUGAAGCAAGGGUCGUCGAGGAAAUCGUACGCCUAUGCACCGAUCAUCAGAGACCGCUGCAAAUACCCAUAAGAGCACACUAUAUCCGUGGGAUGUUUCUCCCCGAAGACCGCCAUGAGUUACAAGAAAAGCCAGCCCAGAGAUCGCAUCUCUCGUUAGCUUGUGGCCCCGUCAAGGAAAACGAGGAAGGGAGCGACGACGGAUUGCCACGAUCAAAUUUGGCGAAAAGCCUCUUACGGCGGCUUCCCAUUUACGUCGGAGUUCCAGUCUAUGUCUAUCCUGGAGAUCCCUUGUCGACAUCGCGUAUUCAAAUUCGCGAAGCGCUCAGCAGAACCUCACUCGACCUGAAGGUUCUCACAACAGUCAAACAGUGGCGAUCUCAUUGUUUGACAACACACCCUGAAUGCCGCCUGUCCGAUUCUCGAGCAAAGAUCUACCCGACAAGACUACUCCAUCUGCGGAACGUCAAGACCACUGGUACAGCACAGAUCGUUCGAACUUCGCCGUCUUUCCCGCACGACUACGUCGCAUUGAGUUAUUGCUGGGGCGCCAAGUACCGCCGGUGGCUAGACUACGUCAAGGCGUGCCAACGGGACCAGGACCCCUGGAUCGAAAUCGACCAGAUGCCACAGACGCUCCUGGAUGCCGUGGCAAGCACCCUUGCCUUGGACUUUGAGUAUCUAUGGAUCGACUGCCUCUGCAUCCUCCAAGGGAACAAGAAGGACUGGCUAGAAGAAGGCUCCAAGAUGUGCGAGAUCUACGGCAACGCAGCGCUGACCAUCUCCGCCAGCGACUCUCGAGACUGCCGAGACGGAUUCAUAGCCAUCCGGACACCACUACAGCGCGAGGGCAUCGUCUUUCCUUGCCUCGACGAGUCAGGGGCCACGGGGAACUUGCACUUUUGUGCGCCGGGCACAGCCUUUGAUGAAAUCGUCGGCCGCGGCCCCGUUGCUCGCCGGGCGUGGUGUCUCCAAGAACGCCAGAUCUCGCGACAAGUCUUGCACGUCUGCCGGAGCGAGGUCUUUUUCGAGUGCGUGCGCUGCCUCCGGCACGAAAGCGAACGACGGGCCGACGACGAAUUCGAUCCCAACGACGAAUGGUGGCGCUUCCACGUCUCGCUCGAACGACAAGGCCCCUAUGCGUUCCCCCGCAAGCCCUCGCCAGACGUGUACAACGUCCUCUCGUGGUGCGGAAUCGUCGAGGACUAUUCGCGACGAGACCUCGCCUUCGUUGAGGACAAGCUCGCCGCCAUCGCGGGCCUAGCUAGACGUGCCCAGCGUAUACUUGACUCCGAAUACCUAGCCGGACUAUGGAUGCAUCGUCUUCACAUCGGACUCUCCUGGCAGAUCGCCGCGGACAUGCACGCGACAAGGGCCAGUGUAUACCGCGCCCCCUCGUGGUCGUGGGCGAGCAUUGACGGACCCGUGAGCUACGACCGCAGCGACGGCUUCGUCCAGAGCGACGAUGGCUUUCUCGAGUCCGCGAUACAAGUGCGGGACACGUCAGUGUCACUGGUUGGCUCCGACCCGUUCGGCCCUGUCCAGUACGUCGACGUCACCGUCUCGGGUCUACUGAAACAAAUCCCUCCGUCGGAUCUACUGCAAAACAGCAUCCUUGAGUACCCGGCGUGGAUGAGCGGUGCGGCGCCUCAAAUCGGAUGGUACCUUGAGGACGAGAAGCGAGUGUUGUUGGACUCCGGCACAAUCGCCUGUCUAAAGAUAGCUGUGAAACCGUUCGGCCCAGGGCCGAGUCUGCCUCCGACCAACUCUAUGCUCAUCUUGGAACGGGUCGGGGACCACCACCGUCCUGACGGUGGCGGUUACGGUGAUCGCAAACCUUUCCCAACGUACAAGAGGGUAGGAUUCGGACAAGUCUUCGUCACGGACUACUUUGACGACUGUUCACCGAGUACUAUUACAUUGAUUUGA